CUUAACAGUAAAACAAGAUGUCGCUCAUCCUGUUAAGGGGUUACCAUAGGUUGUCAUCAUUAAACGGCUUUUGUCGCUUUGUAAAAAACGAAAGUGUCAGCCUAAAACGGUGGAAAAAAACGCCGUUUUCUUGUCUAUCUCCCGGUGGCGUGGGGGUGCCUUUUCGAGCGUACAGCCCCGACCGAGGCGAACAAAAACACAAUCAGAAAGUGGUGGUCGUCGGCAUACCAAACCCUUUCAUUUGGAUACGAACGCGUAUCUACUACUUUCUUAUCAGAGCCUAUUUUGAUUCAGAUUUCAACAUCAACGAGUUUACACAAGGGGCGAAACAGGCUUUCUGUCAUGUUUCAAAACUACUCUCCCAGUGCCGUUUUGAUGCUCUUGACGGGCUGGUGGCCAACGACUUAAUUGGUAAGCUGGAGGAGAAGUGCAGCCUACUGCCACUGAUGUACAAGACCGCACUGUCUGCUGAACCCGAUGAGGUCAUGUACACCACACCAGGAGAUGUUGGCAUCUACUACGAUGACAAUGGGAGAAGGUUUGUAAGUAUUUUGAUGCGUUUCUGGUAUCUGACAAGCGCACAGCUUCCGGACGACACUUUGGAAGGGACUCGUAUCUUCCAGGUGGCGCUUGGUGAGGCAGAAACACAAACCAAGAGGCUGCUAACUGCAAAUUAUGAGUUUCAAAGGGAGUUCACUAAAGGAGUGGCACCAGACUGGACCAUUACACGGAUAGAACACUCCAAGCUUUUGGAUUAAGAUUUAACAAAAUAAAAUGUACUUGGAAAGUUGGCGUCUCCAUUAUCUCCAAUGGAAAGAAGUCGUGCAAGCAAACAGAAGUGGAUUGCAACUUAUUUUUCAUUGUUGUAUUGAUUUUGAACACCGGUUCAGUAAGGCUUUGUGUAUUUAUUUCACACCCUUUAAUCUAACCAUUGUGAAAUAUCAGACACUUGUCUAUAUCUUGAUGCAGUGUGUUAUCAACAAGAUUGUUUUAUGAUACACUGACUUGUGACCUAUUUUUCCAUCACUAACCAUUACUUAGUCAUAUAAAAGUUUACUCAGGUAUGAAAGUAAUAAGAAAUUAAAUCUUAACUAUGCUAAUAGUGAGCAUACUCACAGCUAGCAUACCAGCAAUCUGUGUGAAUACCUUGUGAUCACGUGUCUCUCGACAUUUGCUAAAGUGCUUACGCUAGCAUUCAGAAAGAUUGUUACUCUGUACAUAAACAUGGCCCAACAGUGAUAAAACGCGUGCCAAAACAAAGAUGGCGCUGCAACAA